AGACUGCAGGAUGAAGAGGAGAGCAGCAGACAGAGGAGCUGGCGAAUCUUCAGCACGCUCAAAGGCUCUUUGUACAGGAAUCUCUGGAAGUAAUAGUAAAAGGGCUGGGCCAUUCAUCUUGGGUCCUCGUUUGGGAAAUUCGCCUGUACAGAGCAUUGUUCAGUGUUUGGCGAGAAAAGAUGGGACAGAUGACUUCUAUCAAUUAAAAAUUCUCACACUUGAAGAUAGAGGUGAGAGAAUGGAAACUCAGGAAGAAAGACAAGGAAAGAUGCUCUUGCAUACAGAAUACUCUCUUCUGUCCUUGCUUCCUAAUCAAGAUGGAGUGGUGCAUCACCAUGGCCUCUUUCAGGAUAGGGCUGUUGUAGAAGAGUUUGAAUCCAGCAAGCUUGUGCGGAGGAUGAAGAAAAGGAUCUGUUUAGUUCUUGACUGCCUCUGUGCCCAUGACUUUAGUGAUAAAACUGCAGAUCUCAUCAAUCUACAACAUUAUGUCAUCAAAGAAAAGAGGCUCAGUGAGCGUGAAACAAUCGCAAUAUUCUGUGAUGUGGUACGGGUAGUGGAAGCUUUACAUAAGAAGAACAUUGUGCACAGGGACCUGAAGUUGGGGAACAUGGUGCUAAAUAAAAG